AUGCCACCGAACAAUAAGAAAAAGAAAAAGCCCGCCUCAAAUCCAGCGCGGGGCUUUGCAACAGUCUCAGUACCCUCGAAACCGAAACCAGAGGUCGCAGAAACACCCUCGUCCGCUGUUACAGAAUCCAAGCCCACCCCACAAAAUGAAACUCAGCCUACAAGCCAAGAGGACCGUCCAGUCGAUGCGGGCGCACCACAAACCGACCCCUCACUACACAACUAUACACCUGAGGAACUUGAGAAGCACUUGGAGGAGGCAGAAUUACAGAUUUUGGUCGAGAAACAUGCUGCAAAGUGCAGAAGCGACGCGGUGCGACAAGCUACCAAGAUGGACACUGAGCGCCGCGUCUUUAGACAGCAAUCAGUGACCUUGGGCCUCCUCGAAUGGCUUCCGGUCGAAGUGCAAGAUAGGAUACUGGAGCUAGCUGGCUCAGAAGACCAUGAUUAUCUUGCAUCCAACGCACGGAAUGUCAGCGGGAAGCAGGAAGGCUCCGAGGAGGAACUUCUCAUCAAGCUUUGGACAUUACAGGAGACACUUCUCAAGCUUGGGUUUACUGAGUAUGAUGUGGAAGGGGCGCUCAAACAUAUUCUCUUAUACUUUAAAGAAACACCUACAAGUGUCAGUCGUGAUGUUGUUUGGAAUUUGGAUGAGGCUUUGGAGUGGUUGGCGAAACAUAGUGCCAAGAAAGAUCUCCCUUCAUAUACACAGACGAAUGCUCGCCCACAGAAAGAUGCGGAGGUAACAUCAUGGAUGAUCGGAUCGGAGCCAUCGAAGUCGAAUAAAACUUCGAAUGGAAACAAGCAGGAAAAGCCAAAGGCAGACUGGAAGGCUGCAAAGGUUGCACCUCCUGUUUCGUAUGAUUCGGAUAGCUCGGUCGAUCCUGAUCACAUGGUUCCAGAAUGGUUGGAUUUCCAAACGAAGCUGUUUGGUCUUCAGCCUGAACUGUUUGAUCGACCAGGAAAAGGUAAAAAAGGCCGUGGAACCACGCCCAGUCGAUCAGACAAUCCCGAGGUAGCCAAGUUGCAACGCAAGAUUGCUAAGAUCGAAGGCGAUGUUCUCUUCGAGCGCCGAGAGGCCGACUACAUUUGGCAGGACAAGCUAGAGGAUCUUAGAAAGGAAGCAGCUUUUCUACGACGACCAGCCGAGAAAAAGAAAGAGAGUGAACCGGAGGUUAAGGAACCGGGGCCAGAGGACCCCAAUUUGACCGUUCCAUCACUUGAAGAGAUGGACGAUCUAUUAGGCGGUAUGUUUCAAAUGGAGACUGAAAAUUCGGGCUCGAUAUUGGGCCUUCCACCUCCUGAUGCCGGAGCCAAAUUCACGCUUCGAGACUUUGGAAAAUCAACUGGCUUGAGUCCACGGCGAGUCUUGGAAGAAACCUGCAAGGCUAGAGAUUCGGCAUGCAAAGUGGUCUACCAGGACUUUUCCUCCUCGGGUCACCAACACAGAAAGGCCGUUGAGGUUCGUUGGUCGAAACCGCAAGAAACUCCCUUUCCACUGGUGGUGGAGUCGGUCACACACAAGUCGAAUGCAAAUGCAACUUUUGUUUCGAUGGAAUCUCUUGCAACGCCAGAUGCCCAGCAGGCAGAAGGAUACGUAUCGACUCUCGCCCUAUUCAUCCUUUUCCCUCAAAGUUCCAAAGAAGGCAAGGCCUGUCUGCGGAUACCAGCAGUCUGGAGAGAUCUUUGGACUGAUUUUUCAGAGAUGAAGAAGACACAGGAAGAUGAAGUGGAUAAGUCUACAGCUAAGAACCUCAAGCUUCUUAUACAGGAUAAUCAAGGCACCUUUGAGGAUGACGUUGUGCUUUUGGACAAUUUCCGGAAGAGAAACGGAAAUGCUGUCAAGCCAGCCAGUCCCAUGAGAGGUAAUGCUAGGGAGAACAACUACCUCGGUGAAGACGAGCGACUAAGGGAAGCAUGGUAUGCAAAGGCAUCCACUCCGUCUUUCCACAAAAUGAUGCCGGGUCGAAUGAACCUUCCGAUCUGGAACUUCAAAGAUGACAUUUUGACCACUCUCGACACACAUCGAGUUCUUAUCAUUUGCAGUGAGACUGGAAGUGGAAAGAGUACGCAGAUUCCAUCUUAUAUCCUUGAGCAUGAAAUGCUUCAAGGCCGCCCGUGUAAAGUUUAUGUGACGGAGCCGCGCCGAAUCUCAGCGAUAUCGCUUGCUCGGCGAGUCAGUGAAGAAUUGGGAGAGAGUAAGAAUGAUGUGGGAACGACCCGAUCCCUUGUCGGCUUUGCCGUUAGGCUGGAAAGCAAGAUCAGCUCAACCACUCGACUUGUCUAUGCAACCACCGGUGUCGUUGUGCGCAUGCUGGAGCGACCAGAUGAUUUCCAGGACAUCACUCAUAUUGUUCUGGACGAAGUUCAUGAGCGUACAAUUGACAGUGACUUCUUGCUAGUCGUUCUUCGCCGGUUGAUGCAGAAACGCCCCGAUAUUAAACUCAUUCUGAUGUCCGCUACUCUUGAUGCACAACGUUUCUCUACCUACCUUGGUGGUGUCCCGGUUCUCAACAUCCCUGGACGAACUUUCCCCGUGGAGAUGAAGUACCUGGAGGAUGCAGUUGAAUUGACCAACUAUCGGUUAUCUGAAGAUGAUGCAAACACUGUCCGAGACGACGACAUUGAUGAAGAGGAUUCCAAUAGUGACACUGGUGGCUUACAAGCCAGUCUCGAUGGAUACUCUAAACAGACGCGGGAGACGGUGCUUCGGUUUGACGAAUACCGCAUGGAUUAUCAGUUGAUCAAGAGAUUGCUUCUCAGACUCGCCACUGCUCCGGACAUGGACCGCUAUAGUAAAGCCAUUCUGGUCUUUAUGCCUGGCCUAGCGGAGAUUCGUCGUCUGAAUGAUGAAAUUCUCGCCGAGCCCACGUUCCAACAGGGAUGGAUUGUUCAUGCACUCCACUCCUCGAUUGCUAGUGAAGAUCAAGAAAAGGCAUUUAACGUGCCUCCUCCUGGCACAAGAAAGAUUGUCAUUGCUACCAACAUUGCGGAGACUGGUAUCACAAUUCCAGACAUCACUGCAGUUGUUGAUACAGGAAAGGAGAAGAUGAUGCGAUUCGAUGAAAGGCGACAGCUCUCCCGGCUUGUCGAGUCAUUCAUUUCCCGUGCCAAUGCUAAGCAAAGACGUGGUCGAGCCGGUCGUGUUCAGGAGGGUAUCUGCUUCCACCUCUUCACGAAACAGCGGCACGACAAGCUACUUGCUGAGCAACAAACCCCGGAGAUGCUUCGACUCUCCCUUCAAGAUCUGGUUCUGCGAGUGAAGAUCUGUAAAUUGGGCGAGGUAGAACAAACCCUCCUGGAAGCUCUGGACCCACCGUCAUCCAAGAACAUUCGUCGUGCCAUUGACUCUCUCAAAGAAGUCAAAGCCCUUACCAGCAAUGAGAGUCUUACACCUCUAGGAAGUCAGCUGGCAAAACUGCCGCUGGAUGUGUUCCUCGGAAAACUGAUUAUCCACGGAGCAUUCUUUAAGUGUCUGGAUGCUGCUGUCAGCAUUGCUGCCAUCCUCUCCUCCAAGUCCCCAUUCGUCAACACCAUGGGUUCCAACUCGCAACGGGACGCAGCAAGAAACUCAUUCCAAAGAGGCGACUCGGACCUAUUGACCGUAUACAACGCUUACUGUGGCUGGAGGCGCGCAAGAAGCACACCCGGCUCAAACGAGUUUUCAUUCUGCCGAAAGAACUUCCUCAACCCCCAGACCCUCCUAGGUAUCGAAGAUGUCAAAAUGCAGCUCAUCGUAUCAAUCGCCGACGCCGGUCUACUAACCCUAGACCCUUCGCAAAAGUUGGCCCUGAACCGAGCCCGGUCAAGUAACCGAAACCGACAGUUCUUCACCAUCCCCGAAGAAUACGACAUCAACAGCACAAACGACGUAGUCAUCAACUCCGUCGUGGCUUGGAGCUUCUACCCUAAGCUACUUACCCGCGAAGGAAAAGGCUGGCGCAACGUCUUGAACAACCAAUCAGUUACCUUGCAUCCUACAUCUGUGAAUAAACGCGCAGAUCACGCUAUCAAGUGGCUCUCAUAUUACCAUAUCAUGCAGGCUCGUAACCGGAACCUGAACGCGCACGAGACUACUGCGGUGGAUGAUUUCGCCAUUGCAUUGCUAUGUGGUGAGGCGGAGUUUAAGUUGUACUCGGGUGUCAUCUCCAUCGAUGCAAACCGCAUCCGCUUUGCAUUGCGGGACUGGAAAUCUAUGCUCGCGUUGAAAUUCCUUAAUGCCCGUCUUCGUGAUCUUCUCGCUACUACGUUCCGGAAUCCGCAUCGUCCGCUAUCUUAUAAGCAGCAGCAGUGGUUGGAGAUUUGGCAGCAGAUCUUUGCCCAGGCUGGCAAGCGAUAG